AUGAAGUCGACGGUGCGGAUGAUGCAAGAUUCUCGACCAGUUCCAGCAUUUCGAUGCGACCAAAUCGAGGCUGGGAAGCUCGCAAAGGAGUGGAAGACGUGGAAGGAGGGGCUCGAAUGUUAUUUCGCUGCCUAUGACGUCACCGACCAGUUUCAGAAGAGAGCAAAACUCCUGCACCUGGGUGGUCCGGCCCUGCAAGUCGUGUUCAAGAAUCUGAAGGAUUACAAUCAUGUGCCGCUGGUAACAUUGGAGCCUAGAUGGUAUGAUUGUGCUUUCGAGAAGCUUGAUGAGUUUUUCGAACCUCGACACCAGAGUACAUCGGAAAGACGGAAACUUCGACUGAUGAAACAAAAGGUAGGAGAACGCUUCGCUGAUUUUGUGAUUAGGCUGAAACAACAGGUUUCCCAGUGCGGAUUCGAAAAGUAUGGUACUGAAGUUAGUUCCAUUUUGAGCGAUAUUUAUCUGACUGACGCAGUAGUUGAAGGGUGUACUUCGAAUGAGGUGCGCAGAAGAGUCCUCCUUAAAGAUUUACCCUUUUCGGAGAUUGAAGCUUUAGGGACCACUCAGGAAGUUGUAGAUCAGCAGAUAGAAGAGAUAGCAGUAAGCCAGCAACCCGAAAAAGUAUUUAAAAUUGAGCAUCAGGGUAAUUCCAAGGGCAAACCUGUCACAGGUAUGGCCAAACCAGCUGAGAAGACUUGUUAUAACUGCGGGAGGUUGGGACACUUCGCUGCCUCACCUAGAUGUCUUGCACGUGGGAAGCAAUGCCGUAAUUGUAAGAUUUACGGGCAUUACGAAAGCAUGUGCCGAAGACCGAAGCGAUCUGGUGCCAGAAUAGAAGGAAAAUUAGUCCAGACGGUUCGGGACUCCUCGAACUCAACCGAAAUACCGAAAGAAGAUCCAGGAAGCGCCAAGGUGUACUAUGCCUUUUAUUCAGGUAACGAGUCUAACGUUAUUGCGUGUGUGAUUGGAGGAGUUUCUGUGGAAAUGCUGGUCGACUCUGGUGCCGAUGCCAAUCUUAUCAGUGGAGAGAUGUGGCAGAAGAUGAAAAGCGAGCAGAUAGAGGUGUUUACAUCAAAGAAAGGCAGUUCCCGGAUCUUACGUGCCUACGGAAGUAUGGCGCCUCUCGUUAUUCUCGGAUCAUUCGUUGCAAAUAUUUCAGUUGGAGAUCAACGCAUUAGGGCAGAGUUUUUCGUUGUCGAAGGAGGGCAACGGUGUCUACUGGGGGAUAAGACUGCUAAGGAAUUAGGUGUGCUGAAGGUUGGGCUCCACAUAAACAGCAUCGAAGGUAGUCCUUUCUCGAAGAUGAAGGGUGUAAACGCAAAGAUACGGAUGCUACCAGAAGUAGUUCCAGUUUACCAACCUAUGCGACGCAUUCCCGUACCACUGGAAGAAGCAGUGGACCGGAAACUCGAUGAGUUACUUAAACGAGACAUCAUUGAAGUAAAAUCAGGACCUACGACCUGGGUUUCACCACUGGUUGUGGUUGGAAAAUCAAACGGGGAACCGCGACUAUGCCUCGAUUUGCGGAGAGUGAAUGAAGCGGUGUUGAGGGAACACCAUCCAAUGCCAUCAGUGGAUGACUACUUGGCAAAGCUAGGACGUGGCAGAUUGUGGAGUAAACUUGAUAUUAAGGAGGCGUUCUUACAAAUUGAGUUAGAAGAAGAGUCCAGAGACGUGACAACCUUCAUGACACGACGAGGACUAUAUCGUUUCAAACGAUUGCCAUUUGGAUUGGUCACUGCUCCGGAGCUAUUUCAGAAAGCGAUGGACGAGACUCUGCGUGGCUGCGAUGGGGUAUUCUGGUACCUUGAUGACGUGCUCGUUGAAGGAAAGGACCUAAAGGAGCACGAUGAACGCCUGGAUCAGGUUAUUGGUUAA